AUGGCCCCUACACUGAACAUACCAGACUCUUUGCUUCGCCUUGCGCCUGAGAUCAUACUGGCUAUAGGUAACGAGCUCGGCUUGCCUGACAUCAAGCGUUUUCGCCUGUCGUGCAAGGCUGUGGCGGCAAUCUUGCACCAUGAGGUGUUCCGGACGGUCCAUCUCGAGGUCUGCAAGGAGAACAUGGUGAAGGGCGUUCGCAAGAUCGAGGCACUGGCAGCGGGAAAACAUCCUGCGUGUGCUGCUGCGCGAGUGCUCUCGAUUGGCAUGCUCGCUCCAGCGGCUUCGCGUGCCGUUUUGGCGUCGACGAUUUGGUCGCCGUCACCGUACCCUGAGGAGACCUCUGAAGCGGCUGAUGCGAGGAAGAGGUUGGCAGCUCAUUUAUUCGAUGCUAUUACUUCUUUGAGGGGGGUUAACAGUGUUAUAUGGGAAGAGCACGAGCACGACUGUUACCCAGCUUCUCGGAUUGCCAUGAACGCCAUCAAGGAGCUGCCCAGUCUGCGCAGUGUUCGGUUUCGGUUCGAAUCUUGGCCGCAAAUACCACUGGAGCUGGACUGUCUGAACGACCUCACAGAGAUAAGCAUAAAGACGGGAGUAGCUUUUCCUCCCUAUGCAGAACUAAUUUUUGACAACGUUGCUAAAGCCAUCGCUCAGAAUCCGAACCUCCGCUCGAUUGAUAUUUGCAAUACUGGCAUUGACCAUCUCCACGCAUAUAAUAGUCUUCAUAAUCUGUUCAGGCUUUAUCCUAGGACUGCACCCCCUCUUGGUCUGGUUAACCUGAAGUUAAAGUCUGUCAAUCUGUGCUUGGACGACGCAGUUGUCAUGCGACACUUGAUUAGCCUUAAAUCUAUCAGUUUGGAGGACAUACAUCCUCAUCCGAGUCAUACAUCACUGUUCUAUACCUCUCUUCCUAGCGAUGUGUGGCGAGUGCUAGAUUCUAAUGGAAUCCAUCUGGAAGAAAUCACCUUGGACGAGGCACCUCCUUCGUUCAUAGACUACCUCUCAUCUUACUCGGGACUGAAAAGGCUUCGUUUCAUCGACAAUCCGUGUAAACCUGCUGAUGGCACGGCUGAUUUGUUCUUUGAGAAAGCACUCCUAGGCCACGCUCAGUCGCUGGAAUGUCUCGAGAUUGUACCUCCUUACCCCGAAGGCCGUUGGUGUUUCAGCGGCUCUAAUUCUGGCAGGUUUUCGAUCUUUUCGAAGCUCAAACAUCUAGCUGUCAAUUUCCAGUUGUCUGAUCUGCAGGACUUUGAUCAUGUGGGAGAAAAAAGGUCGUCGUCUCCUCUUGACCCCUUUGUGAGUAAAAUAAACACUUUAAAUCAUUUUACGCGAUCUGAUAGCACACCAUAG